AUUGUGUCAGCAAGCAUGGAAGAACAAGCGCGUGAAGCCUUCUUGCCAUCGCCAGACAACCCAGCCUACUCGCUAUUGAUGAGCUUGGACCGACUUGGCGGCCUGCUUGGAGCGCGGACAGCGGUUCUUGCUGAGCACCUAGGAUUCGACCUAAGGCAGCAGCAGGAAGAGGACGAUGAUGAAUCAGCUUCUGACCCUGAAGAGGGCUCAGACUUCAGCUACGAUGCCACCAUCUCAGAGCAGGACGAGGAGGUCCGGCCGGUUCCCACUGACGUGCCGUCGGUGCCUUCCUGCAGCUACCUAAUGCCGGGCCGGACGUUUACCGGGCACCAGCGGCUCAGCGGCGCGGCGCACCGGCGGCAGGAGGACUGGGCGGUCACGGCCACCAUCUACAGCUGCGACCUGGCGGCAGGCCGCGUCACCGGCAGCAUGGUGGCGCAGCAGAGCGGCGGCGGCGGCGGCGCGGCGGCGGCAGGCGGGGACGGCGCGGCGGCGGGGGGUAGCGGCGGCGGCGGAGGCGGGGGCGGUGGGCGGAAGGCCAUCGUCACCUACUUCGAGGGCGACAUCAUCGACAACCUGAACCACACCUUCUUCACCGGCGCCAAGUGGGGUCUGGCCGGCGGCGCGCCCGGCCGCGACUCCGACCUGCACCACUGGGGCCGCUGCCCGGGCUUCAGCGGGCGCAUGCGGGAGCAGGCGCGGCGGUGCGAGGGGCGCAGCAGCCUGCUGGCCACGUCAGGCCAUGUGUUCAUGCGAUGGAAGGAGUGCUUCUUUGUGGAUGUGCCGCAGGACUGCCCUCUGACCAUCACGGGCUUCUACUACCUAGCGCUGUGCCGGGCCACCGGCGCCAUCACCGGGUUCUACCACGACAGCAGGUCCACGCCACUGCAGGUCUUGCAGCUCCUCCCGGUGGAGACUGCGGCGGCGGCGGCGGCGGAGGGGGCGUGCGGCGGCCCGGGCGAAGGCGCAGCCCGCACAGGGCCCUCCUCAGGGAGAGCCGCAGGGGCCGGAGCCGAGGCGGGCGCGACCACUGCAGGAGGCUGGGGCGCGCGGGAGGCUGGCUGUUCGGGAAUGGCGUUUGGCACAUACUCGCUGUGCUAAAAUAAUAGCCGAUAGAAAACAAGCGCGAUUGAGCGUGGUGGGUUUGACGUGCUUUAUCUCAUCUGUGAAGAUGGAAUCGAGCAGGGUCGUGAGGCGUGUGCGAUGGGACAGUGGUAAGGCAAGUUGGUAAGUCCCGUGAAGUCCCGUAAAGUCCCGUCGUGAGGCGUGGUGGUUUGACGUUCGUGUGUUGUGCAGGUUGUUGUUUGCAGCGCACUGUCAGCUUUGUCGCGAGCGUGAAGUGUGAAGUCGCGGGGACAAGCUAUGCAUGCAUGAUGUUUUGUGUUUGUGUUGUUUGGGUUGCUACGUGUAACCGGGUGUGGUACUUAUCACGGAAGACCGGCAAGGCGGCUGCAUUCAUUCCGGGCAUGGGCUUGCGGCGCCGGUUGCAGCAGAGUGGCUAGGUGGCCCAACGGGGGCUGGGGGCUGCAAUGAUUCAGGGGUGGCGGGUGCGCUCGCUGACGGUCUGGCCGGACGUCAGCGGCGGCGUGCGGGCGGAUCCUUACAGCAGCCAAGGGAGGAGACUGGUGACAUGGGGCCGUGGGGGUGCAUGCGGAGCCAUGAAAGCCAGGGCCCGGUGGCAUUGAACACUGAGAGUCUGAGAACCUGCACGAGGGGUGUGAAGGAUUGGGCUCCAGCCGGUUAGGCUCCGCAGUGCUGCGGUAGCUUCCCUGGCACUCCAGGCGGUGUGUUGGGAGAAUUGGCGACGGGGGUCAAAUGGCUCUAGCCGGUCGCCGAGGGACGGCCUGGCGGCCUGCGCUGUGUAGAGACAUGUGGUGAGUGCCAACGUGCAAUGCUGGCGAGUGGCGACUGCCUACGGGCUCCCUGUAAAGCAUGAUGCAU